GGCAAAGGCUGAGCAGCGGCGAAGAUGGGCGUCCCGUGCCGAGUCACCUCUCUGGCCCUGCUGUGGGUCAGUCACCUGCUUCUCCUCCCGGCCGCGCAUCGGGCGACGAACCCCCGAAUCAUCACCUUCCCCGGAGGAGAGCAGCGAUUCCCGUUUAACACCAGCGAUGGCCACGUUGUGCUGUACCAUGAAGAAAAUACCACUUCGGUAUAUAUAGGAGCUGUAGACAAGCUUUACUACUACAACUUUGAGACCUCCGCUAACCAUACGGAAUCCUUUGCUGCAAAAAACACAGAGAUGUCCUGUGGAAACCAUGUGCCUGCCAAGAACUACCUCACCCUCCUGGAAAAGUAUGAAGACAAGCUGUUGAUCUGUGGGACAAACGACUGCAAUCCCACCUGCUGGAACUGGGUAGACCAGAAGAAGGUGCCUUCUAUUGAUGGCCAGGGCUUGGCCCCCUUUGGCCUUGACCCAAAUGCCCAUGUCCUGAUUGAUGGGAAAGACAUCUAUUCUACCAUCAAGAAGCACUUGUACAAUGGGCGGAUCCCUCGCUUCCGCAGGAUUCGUGGCUCCGCGGAGCUUUACACCAGUGAUAACGCAAUGCGAAACCCCCAGUUUGUGAAGGCAGCUGUUGUGAAACAAGACCAGCCGUACAAUGACAAGAUCUACUACUUUUUCAGAGAGGACAACCUAGAUUGGCUGAAGAACACGGGCGCCCUCAUGAACGUUUCCAGGGUGGCCCAGCUCUGCAAGGGAGACAAAGGAGGCAUUGGUUCCCUCUCUGCCGCCAAAUGGACAACCUUCCUGAAGGCCACGUUGCUCUGCUUCGACCCGGCCACUGACCGCCACUUUAACAGACUGCAGGAUGUCUUCAUUGUUGAGUCCGAUACCUGGUCGGAGACGAAAGUCUACGGUCUCUUCUUGAAUGAGUGGGACUACUCGGCAGUCUGUGUCUAUUCCGUGGGUGACAUGGCGAGACUUUUCCAGACAUCCCCUCUCAAAGGCUACCGUGCUGAACUCCCCACCGUGCGGCCUGGGCAGUGUAUAGAAGGAAACCAUACUCCCCAGGAGACCUUCAGAGUAGCAGAGAGUCACCCUGAACUGGAACAUAAGAUGAAGCAGCAAGACAUCUUGUUUCACAGCAAGCACCACUACCAGAAAAUUGGGGUCCAUCAGGUGCAGGCUGCUGAUGGGUCUACUCACAACGUCCUCUUUUUGGCCACAGACAAAGGAACCAUCCACAAAGUUGCAGAAUUGCUGGAUGGCACCAUGAACAUCCUGGAGAUCCAGCCUUUUGGACAGCGUGCCGUCAUCAAGGCUAUGACUCUGGACAAUGUGAAAAAUGAGUUAUUUGUGGCCUCGACAAGUGAAGUGGUUCGGCUGCCCAUGGCCAUGUGUGGGGCUUAUAAGGAUGACUGUGAGAGCUGUGUGCUGGCAAGAGACCCCUAUUGUGGAUGGAGCAAUGGAAAAUGCACUUCUGUUUAUGCCCGUGAUGAGCUCAGAAAUGGAACACUGCUACAGGCUCUGACCCAUGAGGUCCCUUCGAAUGUUUGUGCCUCUUCAGAUCACAGCAAUGCAAAAGAAAACGAUUGUGAGGCCGUCAUGGUGGCCCCAUCGUCCCGUUAUUAUCUGAACUGCUCUGUCGAGUCUCACCAUGCCGAUCACGCCUGGGUCCACAGGAACCGAAGCAUUCAUUGUGGAGCUGGCCACCGUAACUGCACGUAUUUCAUAGACGAGAUGACCGAUCAGCUCUAUGGCAACUAUUCCUGCGUUUCCCAGGAGGGUCCGUUUAAGCGGGUGCUUGUGACGGUGUGCCUGGUAAAGCCCCCUGAGUUCUCAUUCAGGGAUGCACUAGGACCCACACCGAAUGGCUGGGCCACUUCGGCAUCCUUGUCCUUCUGGCUGGGUCUCCUGCAGAUGGGAACGGUCUUCUUGCUCAUCCAGUAAAGACUAACCUGACGACUUGUCAUGACCCAGUUCUGGGACUCUUGCAAUUGCGGGGAGAAGGUGGACAGUUCAGAGAACAAGAUAGGGUGGAAGGCCAUUGUGCCUAGACUCCGGAUGACCCCCACGCUGUCUGGACCGCCCCACAACAGGAGGACCAAGGCAACCCAACCCAAGCUAUCAUCUGCACCGUGGCUCGGGUACAAUCCUGCUGCCAUCCUGCCAGCCCUCGUAGAGAUCCCCAGUGCUGCUGGAGCCAGAGCGUGAAUUGUCCCCUUUGCUAAGCAGGGUCCACCCUGCUUUGCAUUUGGAUGGGAGACUACAUGUGAGCACUGGAAGAUAUUCCCCUUAGAGGGUGGGGCCUCUCUGGGAAGAGCAGAGGCUCUGACUCAGUAUAAGGCAGCUUCAGGGAAUAUUUCUUUAGUUAAUGGCUUGUGUUAGAAAUAGAAAAGAGCUGUGAUAUGGAAAAGGGAGUUACCCUGGAGAAACUGGCGGAAAGAGCCCAGUUGAAUUGAGACGAGGCUUUUUCGUUGCACACGAUUUGCACCAAUCUGGGCCUAUAACGCCUACACUACAACUACAUGCCAAUGUAGAAACAUACGAUCAUAGAAUUUUAGAGUUGGAUGGGAGCCUUGAGAUCUUCUAGUCCAACCUCCUGCUUAGUGCAGGAAAGACAGCAGUUCUGUAGGAAGGACCCAGGACAGCAUUUUCAACCAUAUUGUUCCCAUGUAAACUGAAUGAGUAGAGAGGCUGUGGAUCAGUGCAGCAUCAAGGAGGAUACAAAAUUUGAGUUGUUUCACGGAAUGGAAAGGUUAUUUGUAUCUGAGCCUAGUUUAAGCUGAUGUGUGUUAAGAAUAUUUCAUUUAGAGAAUUAUUUCUGUGGAUGUAAUCUUGUAUGGUGAGGAAUAACAAAUCUCUGAAUCCAUUAUUUCAGGGGGUUCUCAAACUUGGGUCCCCUGAUGUUGUCGGACUACAACUCCCAGCAUCCCUUUGUGGCUGGGGAAGAUGGGAGUUGUAGUCCAUCAACAUCUGGGGACCCAAGUUUGAGAAUCCCCUGAAAUAAGGGAUUCUGAGUUCACACCAAAUCACUAUUUGCCCUAACCAGAGCCCAAGUGAUGGUUUCAGCUUCCAUGACUUUGAACUGGUUUUCUGUCUUGGCUUUCCAUCCUUUCGAGUUCUGAUACCUAAGUUCAGUCCCAUUUCCACGUGCAGUAAUGAUAAAUAUGGCUUGUCCUUCAGACAUCACGAUGAGUACAACCAUGGGCAUAUCUUCUCCAACCAUGGGCGUAACUUCUUCAAACCAUGGUUUCCUGGUAGUCCUACAGAAUUGUGUCUCUGUCCCUGGAAUUGUGUCUGCCUGAAUUGCUCCUGAGAAUAAACUGUGAAAUGAAACUGUGUUGGGGCUUGCGGUGUCCCAGUCAAGCUCCAGACACCUUGAUGCACUACCUUUAUUUUUUUUUAAAAAAAAAAUUCAAUUCUUUUGUCUAUGUAUUUAUGUUGUCUUUGUUCCUCUGUGCACUUUAAUAUAAUUAAUUAAUCUGUUAUUAAUGAAGAAGCUUUGUUGAUGAAGACUCUUAUUAAUGAAGAUGCAUUGUUGCUGUCUGUGUUUGCCUUGUAUGUGUUGCAAUCACACUGAUGCAUUUUUUUUAAAAAAAAAUUCAAUAAAAUAUCAAUACAUAUUUAAAUUCAAUAAAA